GAAUUGAAAAGGAGUAAAGCUAAAGUCAUCUUAAAGAAGACGAUCCAGAGCGCCAGACGUGAUGAAGGUAAGGUAAAAGUCAAGUGAGAAAAACCCACAUAUUAUAUACUUACUAUGGUAGUAGUUGAGGAGGAGGAGGAUAUGAAUAUCCGUUCCACCAUGAAACUGUAUUCUGUAUUAAGCUCUUUUUCUAUCUGUCUUUUAGCUUAAAAAGCAUCUAACUUAACUUCAACACCAUUGACCCCCUUCUCUCCACUCUUUCUCUCUCUCUCUCUCUCUCUCCAGGUUAGCCCUCGACCUCCAAUCGAUCUAAAAAGCGAGAUUCACUUGAAUUCCUGAUAAAUCUGGUUAAGAUCUGAGCUUAAUUGUCAAUGGGUUGGAGGUAUAGAGCUGGGUUGUUUCUUAUUGCUGCAGUUGUCAUCAUAUGGGUUACCUCUGCUGAAGUUACUCAGGAUAUUUUUACAGACUAUAAGCAGCCAUUUGCAGUGACAUAUUUAGGAGCUUCUUUGCUGGUGAUUUAUCUUCCAUUAGCAUUCAUUAAGGAUUGCAUUUACAAUAUAAUAAAGAAACGUUCAUCUAGAAGUGGGAAAAAUACAACAGCAAGUUCUGAAACCUCAACGACACUUUGUUGCUCUCCUUUAAAAUCCAUUGGCGAUCGUAAAAACUUUGAGAUUGAACUUGAAAGUUCACUUACUAAAAGAGACAGUGAUGUAGAUCUUUCUGCUCAGGAAGAAGGGUUGCCUUUUGUUCCUAAGCAUAAAAACGACGCUACAAAACAGCUUACGAACAAGGAAAUCGCGAAGUACGGAUUUUACAUUGCUCCUCUCUGGUUUGUUACAGAGUAUUUGUCUAAUGCUGCGCUUGCACGUACGAGUGUGGCGAGCACAACAGUGUUAUCUUCAACCUCUGGACUUUUCACUCUCUUCAUUGGUGUGUUUCUUGGUCAAGAUUCAUUGAAUGUAGCAAAGGUGGUUGCUGUUUUUAUCAGCAUGGCUGGUGUUGUCAUGACAACUUUGGGAAAGACAUGGGCUGCAGACGAUUCCAUGAAUGCUUCUUCAAAUGGGAAACGCACUCUUGUAGGUGAUCUUUUUGGCCUUCUCUCAGCUGUGGCAUAUGGACUGUUUACUGUGCUUCUUAAGAAGUUUGCUGGCGAGGAUGGAGAAAAGAUUGACUUGCAAAAGUUGUUUGGAUAUAUGGGUUUGUUUACGCUCGUAGCUUUAUGGUGGCUCGUAUUGCCGCUGACAGCUCUAGGAAUCGAACCCAAGUUUGCGAUUCCUCAUUCAGCUAAAAUGGACGAAGUUGUUCUAGCCAAUGGAUUUGUUGGAAGCGUGGUCUCCGACUACUUUUGGGCAUUAUGCGUUGUGUGGACAACUCCACUGGUAGCGACCUUGGGCAUGUCUCUCACGAUCCCACUUGCUAUGGUCGCAGAUAUGGUUAUUCAUGGCCGGCAUUAUUCAGCCAUUUAUGUUCUCGGUUCAGUCCAGGUUUUUGCGGGAUUUAUGAUAGCUAAUCUUUCUGAUAGGAUCUCGAAGACCUUUGGACUAUAACAUAUACAAAUUCCUUCAAUUUUUGUUUUUUACUGUAUCAAGGUAAAAAUGGUUAUAUAUUUCAUUUUAGGUUUUGAAUGGAAGGUAAAAAAUGUAAGUUGUUGUACUAUAAUAGCCAGAAAGAGGAAGAGAGUUCUUGAUUUUGUUUUUUUUUUUAGUAAAGAAGGGUUUUGUCAAAUGUUGAUUGUUGUCUCAAAUUAUUCAUUGAUUUGUCUCAAGAAAUGUUCACUUUGCAGUGUUACUUUCCUUUUAUUACCUUUGA